AUGUCUUUCUAUAUUUUCUAUUUAUUUAUUUCAUUAUACAUUCUUAUUUUCUUUCUUUCAUUCUCUCUUUCUUUGUCUCUUUCUUUUUCUUUUCUAUCAUUCAAUAUUUUUUUCAUUCACUGCUUUUUUCUUUUUAUUUAUUCCUUUAUUAAAUUCGUCAAUAAUUUCUUUAUUUGCUUUUUUCUUGCAUUUACAUUUCCAUUACUUUAUCAUCCUAAUUCAUUCUUUCUCCUUCUUUCAUUUACUCUUUUCUCCUUCUUUCCUUUACUCCUUUCUCCUUCUUUCUUUUACUCCUUUCUCCUUCUUUCUUUUAUUCCUUUCUCCUUCUUUCCUUUACUCUUUCUCCUUCUUUCCUUUACUCCUUUCUCCUUCUUUCCUUUACUCCUUUCUCCUUCUUUCUUUUAUUCCUUUCUCCUUCUUUCCUUUACUCUUUUCUCCUUCUUUCUUUUACACUUUUCUCCUUCUUUCUUUUACUCCUUUCUCCUUCUUUCCUUUACUCUUUUCUCCUUCUUUCCUUUACUCUUUUCUCCUUCUUUCUUUUACUCCUUUCUCCUUCUUUCUUUUACUCCUUUCUCCUUCUUUCCUUUACUCCUUUCUCCUUCUUUCCUUUACUCUUUUCUCCUUCUGUCCUUUACUCCUUUCUCCUUCUUUCUUUUACUCCUUUCUCCUUCUUUCCUUUACUCUUUUCUCCUUCUGUCCUUUACACUUUUCUCCUUCUUUCUUUUACUCCUUCUUUCCUUUACUCCUUUCUCCUUCUGUCCUUUCCUCUUUUCUUUUUCUUUCCUUUUCUCUUUCAUCCUUCUUUCUUUUACUCUUAUCUCCUUCUUUCCUUUACUCCUUUCUCCUUCUUUCCUUUCCUCUUUUCUUUUUCUUUCCUUUUAUAUUUUAUCCUUCUUUCUUUUAAUCUUUUCUCCUUCUUUCUUUUACUCUUUUCUCCUUCUUUUCUUUACUCUUUUCUCUUUCUUUCCUUUACUCUUUUCUCCUUCUUUCUUUUGCUCCUUUCUCCUUCUUUUUACUCUUUUCUCCUUCUUUCCUUUACUCCUUUCUCCUUCUUUCCUUUACACUUUUCUCCUUCUUUCCUUUACUCUUUUCUCCUUCUUUCCUUUCCUCUUUUCUUUUUCUUUCCUUUUCUCUUUCAUCCUUCUUUCUUUUACUCUUUUCUCCUUCUUUCCUUUCCUCUUUUCUCCUUCUUUCCUUUCCUCUUUUCUUUUUCUUUCCUUUUCUAUUUUAUCCUUCUUUCUUUUAAUCUUUUCUCCUUCUUUCUUUUACUCUUUUCUCCUUCUUUCCUUUACUCUUUUCCCCUUCUUUAUUUUACUCCUUUCUCCUUCUUUCUUUUACUCUUUUCCCCUUCUUUCUUUUAAGCCUUUCUCCUUCUUUCUUUUACUCUUUUCCCUAUUCUUUCCUUUACUCUUUUCCCCCUCUUUCUUUUACUCUUUUCCCCCUCUUUCUUUUACUCUUUUCCCCCUCUUUCUUUUACACUUUUCUCCUUCCUUCUUUUACUCUUUUCUCCUUCUUUCCUUUACUCUUUUCCCCUUCUUUAUUUUACUCCUUUCUCCUUCUUUCUUUUACUCUUUUCCCCUUCUUUCUUUUAAGCCUUUCUCCUUCUUUCUUUUACUCUUUUCCCUAUUCUUUCCUUUACUCUUUUCCCCCUCUUUCUUUUACUCUUUUCUCCUUCUUUAUUUUACUCCUUUCUCCUUCUUUCUUUUACACUUUUCUCCUUCUUUAUUUUACUCCUUUCUCCUUCUUUCUUUUACUCUUUUCUCCUUCUUUAUUUUACUCCUUUCUCCUUCUUUCUUUUACUCUUUUCUCCUUCUUUCUUUUACUCCUUUCUCCUUCUUUCCUUUACUCUUUUCUCCUUCUUUCCUUUACUCUUUUCCCCUUUCUAUCCUUUACUCUUAUCUCCUUCUUUCUUUAGCUCCUUUCUCCUUCUUUCUUUUACUCUUUUCUCCUUCUUUCCUUUUCUCUUUUCUUCUUCUUUCCUUUACUAAUUACACAUGGACUAUUUUUCUUAGCUUUCUUUUUCUGAAUUCGUAUUUUUUUUUCCUUCUUCGCCAUUUUCUUUCGUUUUCAUCACUAUUUUCUAACAUGUCUACCCUUUUUUUUUUUACUCCGUCUCUUUUUGCCAUAGCGAUGAGAUAUUCUUUUUGUUCUUUUCUUUUCUCCUUCCAUUAA